AUGUAUGGAGGAGCUCUUCCUGUUGCCAAGAGCAGGAAGACAAAGAGCAAAGCCUUAUCCAAGGAAGAAUACUUGGUAGAAGAAGCUCCAAGAAAACCUUCCAAGAGGUCUAAGAAAGCUGAUCAGAAUGAAGUUGCAGCACCCAAAACUAAGAGAGGUAAAACUGUCAAAACUGAAAGUUCUACUGUUUCUGUUUUUGAGGUAGUUAUUCAAAAGAAAAGAAACAGAGAGCCAGAGGUUCAAGAUGUUGCUAGGGAAGCUUCUCUUUGUGAAGAUGCCACCAGAAGGGAAUCUGCUCUCAGGCUAUCAGAAGCAAAAGAGCAAAGGGAGAGAGAAGCAUUCAGGAGCCUAAAAGCAGCAGGGUAUGAACUGGAUGCUGAGAAAGCUGCUGUGAUUGCUUCUUUAGCUGCUGAGAUUGAAGAAGAAACUGUUAAGGAAGGAGCUGCUUUGUUAAAGUAG